GCACAGCGCCACCCUGUGAGUCUGGUUGGGAAAACCCGUCUGAGUGUGAUACAUUUUUUAGAAAUGAUAACAAGCAUCUCGGACCCGCAUAGAGAUUAACAGUCAGUACUUGUCGUAUUAAUAGAUGUUUUAUCUGACUGUGCCUGGGGGUUACACUGACAGACGGUCACCGUGAGCUCACAUCCCUGGCAGCUUUCGCCCCCAUAGCCAAAACCGAAGGGGACGUGGGAUGUAGCAGCAGAAAUGUUACCCAGCUAUUGCUACCUUUGAUGGGGGUAAAAGCUGCUUCGAUACAAACAAGCGGUCCAAGCUAGGUGACCGUAUGCUAAGUUGCUGCUUCUGCUGUAGCUAACUUUAGCCUCGUCAGUUUCUGGUCAAGGCCUCUUGAUUCUGCUAGCUACGCUUUGAGAAAUUCAAGGACCAUGGAUUUCCCGGGCCACUUCCAGCAGAUCUUUCAGCAGCUCAACUAUCAGCGUGUCCACGGUCAGCUGUGCGACUGUGUCAUCGUGGUGGGCAGCAGACACUUCAAGGCCCACCGCUCGGUGCUGGCAGCUUGCAGCACCCACUUCAGAGCCCUGUUUACGGUUGCAGAGGGAGAUGCUAGCAUGAACAUGAUCCAGUUGGACAGCGAGGUGGUGACAGCUGAAGCUUUUGCUGCUCUGGUGGACAUGAUGUACACCUCAACGCUGAUGCUGGGGGAGAGCAAUGUCAUGGAUAUGCUCCUUGCAGCCUCACAUCUGCACCUCAACAACGUAGUCAAGGCCUGCAAACACUACCUGACCACGCGCACCCUGCCCAUGUCCCCCUCGUCCGACAGAAGCACCCAUCAUCACCCUCAGCUGGAGCAACAGAGGCACAGGCAGCAGCAGCAAGUAGCAGAUUUAGCAGUGAACCCUACUCUAGCAGCUAAUGCUAACCUCGCAGCAAGCACGGCCACAUCCAAGUUGCAGCGCUCCUUCCUCUUGCAGCAGCUGGGGCUUAGCUUGGUGAGCUCUGCUUUGGGUGGGAUGGAGGAAGACAGAGUUGGAAAUGUAGUUGGCAGUAGUGGGGUCGACCAGAGAGCCUCCUUCCCAAUCCGACGCUUCCAAAAACGCAAGCCCUCCCUGGCCCUGUCAGAGGAGAGACCCAGGCAAAGGCAGCGCCCCUCGGCUCCUAACUUAGGGCUGUUAGGAGAAGCAGGGCUGAGCGUCGAGCGAGAAGAAGGAGCACUACUCUCCCCCGACUCCCACAAGAUGGAGGAUGAAUCCAAAUUGGAUGCCGCUAUCACUGGGCUAGUAGGGGUGUCACAAGAUGAUCCUCAGAUGCCCAGCCAGUCAGACAGUGGGCAUUGUGAGGAGGAGGACUUGGGUAGAAUGCAGGGAGGGGUGAGGAAGGAAGAGGACAUGGAAGACCAGGACCACCAGGUCAACAGAGCAGUUGGGAAGAACAAAUCGGGGACCGAGGAGGAGGAGGCAGAAGAACAGGAACAGAAGGUGGUGGUUAAACGAGAGCCGCUAAGUUCGCCUGAGCCGACUGAUGAAAUCAGUGACGUGACAUCGCAGGCUGAGUCCGGGGGCCAGGAGGAGGAGAAGGCGGAGCUGAGCCCAGAGAGCAGCGACCGCAGCUUCACCACUGAGCCCCAACACAGCUCGGACUCUCUGCUGCAGCCGCUCCUCAAGGGCAGCAUGGGAGGCGGCGCCGGGGUCAAAGGAAGUUUUGGCUGUAAUAGCGGACUGGGUGCCAAACCUGGUUUUAGCAUAUCUAGCUUCCUCAGCCCUAAGGAUUUUGGGCGUGGCGGGGCAGGGUUGGUAGCCGGAGAAGAUGACCUCCCCAACACAACAACUGGCGAUGCUGUAGCACACCACUUCCUGCUCAGACAGGAAGCUGCUGGUUCAUCAGGCUCCGCGUCUUCCUCUCUUCUGAAGUCGGGUCCGCUCAGUGGCGAGAGUCGCAACAGUUUUGGAGACAACCUACACGCGGAUUCUCUGUUCCUCCGCCCCCUGCAUGAUGGUUUAGGGAACCCUAGAGGAAGUGGGGAAAGUGGUAGUUCAGGGCAUGGAGGGGGUGGAGGGGGAGAUCCCUUUGGUUUGGACUUCCAGCGCUCUAGUCUAGGUCUUCACUCCCUGGGGCGACCGUCACGAGGAGCAGGGGGAGUGACUGCCGCUGCUCUGGGUUACCCCGGUUACAGACGUAUUGCUCCGAAAAUGGCCGCUGGCAUGGGAGGAGGAGGAGGAGGAGAAGAGGGAGUGGGUGGUGUUCUCCAGGAUGCUGCCUCUUCCUCCUCAAGUCUGGCAAGUCCUCUGCUCCUAAACGAGAGCGGUGGAUAUGAGAUGAACAAUGGCAGGCCCACCUCCCUCCCCCCUCAGCUGACCCGAGCUUCAGCAGACGUCCUGUCAAAGUGCAAGAAGGCUCUGUCGGAGCAUAACGUCUUGGUGGUUGAGGGAGCUCGGAAAUACGCCUGUAAAAUCUGCUGCAAAACCUUCCUCACCCUGACUGACUGCAAGAAGCACAUCCGCGUCCACACAGGAGAGAAGCCCUAUGCAUGUCUCAAGUGUGGAAAGCGCUUCAGCCAGUCCUCCCACCUGUACAAGCAUUGCAAGACCACCUGUUUGCGCUGGCAGAACAGUAACAUGUCCAAUGCCCUGCUGUAGGACUGAGGUCACAGUGCGGCGGGGCGACCGGAUGAAUACAAAUUAGGAAUCAGUGAUGGGCUGUAUUUAAAAUCCCAAAAGAUGUUUCGAUUUUUCUGAAGCUGUGACAGAGCAGCUGGAUCUGAUCAGCUGUUCUGUCCUGAUGGCAGACCAAAGAUAGGGAUGGUAAUGUAAUCAUACAUCUUCUUUUGCAGGAGAGACCCACGCUGUCAAGUCAGCUAAAGUUAUUGUAAACACAUUUAGAAAGAUUAUAGGGAUGCAGGACAUGCAAAGGGGCCACAUUUGUUACAAUGGAUUCGUCAUAGAGAACCAUGCAUAUACACUGUAUACUCCCCUGUUGUAAUCAUAAGUGUGCUAUGAGGAUUUUCCAUCAGUGUCAAUGCAUGCAGCCUACGGACUUCGCAUAAUAUGGCCAGUCUCGGCUUUUUGAAAGCUGCUACACUGUGAGCUUAAUUGUCUUUCUAAAAGGUAUCAUGUGUGCCCUCUUGCUGUCAAGUGAAAUUUUGUUCAGUUGAUUCCUCAGUGCUGAACAUCUGUAGUUUAUGGUACGCUCAUUGACGCAAAUUUGAGUCUCUGUGAGAGUGUUUGCAGAUGACAGGCAGCUGUGCAGCACCAACAUUAAGAACAAAUAUUAUGUAAAAUAGUGUGCUUAUGUGUCGAUUUGUAAUCGCGCAUUUGUAAAACAUGUAGCAGCAUCCCACAUCAGACUGUGCCUUGUUCUGUGCAAGGCAGUCCUAUAGACAGGACUAACUGAUUCAGAUUCAGUUUGUGCACCAGAUAUAAUGCCUGUAAGUACUCAAAACUGUUGAUGGUUGUGUGCUCUUGAUAGUCUGCUGUACAAAAAGGUGGAAAGAUUCAGUCCUGUGAGGUGGGCCGAUGUAAUGCUGAAAUCUGUCACUUUUUGCAAGUUCAACCAACAGUUCAACCUUUCUCAAUAGCUGAUAAUGGAUAGUUAUGCAUAUUCAACCAUCAAGUCAGGUCAGUGUUUGUCCCCUGUAGUUACCUUUCAGGCCAACCCCUUUGAAUUACCAUCGUCAGAAGUGUUGAUGAGCUCAGUUAAAAUUGUGUCAACUUGGAGCAUGGUUUUAUUAAAAGCUGGAAAAAAAUCUUUCACUGGGCCUUGCAGCAUUUUUUGCAUUAUAUCACCAUUUUAUUACCGAGAUAACAACUUCACAGGAAAAUGCGCUGUAAAUGCACCUUAUUUUGUGUCAUGAUGUGCAAGACUUGCACAUUUGUUGUGAUUUUCAAUUGUAUAAAAUAUGGUAUUUAGCGACUUUCCCAUCUUAUUGGUUACGGACUGUGAACUGUGAACAUUUCAGCUGUGGUUCAACAAGUGUACUGACUGUCCAGACAUUAGCAAAGUUUCCCUGGUCGCCGGUGUUGUUGUGUGUCUGUUUAUUAAAAGGGUAAUGAAGUUUUCGUUGAGAGGCAGUGUUGUCUGAAGAAAAAUGUCUAGUUUGCUGAGGUUCAGCAUGUGUUGAAAAGUGCUUUAGAAAUGUAAAUAUUACACAUUUGUGGUUGAUUUAAUCAUAUUUCUCUUGGAGGAGAGACAAAACAACUCUUAAAGAACUAAAAACUGUGUAUAAGUUUGCUACUGUACUUGAUGUCAGUGCUUUAUACAUGUCUCUUUAUACAUCUAAUGUUGCAUCUUUUACAAAAGCACUUAGACAAAUCGUUCUUUUUAUAAUAUGUUUACUAGAAUGUUGAACUAUGUGAAAACGUUGCUGUUUUGCAAUUAACCAACUCUACCAGCUCUCGGGGUUAUUUGCUUCUUUACAGAACCAUCAGGAUGAGUUUGCUAGCUAAAGGUUGUAGCAUUUCUGCUGGCAGGUGAUCUAUAACACAUGAUUACCACAGUUUGUGAAAUGCAAAUACACAAAAAUUAAGAAAAUAAUUUGACAGGGUCUCCUGUAAUUGUUUUUAUGUUAAUUUCAGGAGUUUUAGCUGUUUUGUAUGUAACUUAAUGUCUACCUGUAACUUGGUUACUGUAGGUAUGAUAACUAUGUUUCAAUUGGCGAGUUGUGUAAGAUUUAAAGAUAACAGACAUGCUGUGAAGGAAUCAAAAUUUGCAGCUCAUAGAAAAUGACAUAUAAAUGAUUUGCCUGACUCCUGCAUUGUUGUGAAUGAGAGGGGCUUCAUUAGGAGACCGUUGGUUGAUUGAAAUCCGUGUUCAUGCAGUGUUCUGUUUGAGUUCUGUUUUAUGAACCAAAAUGAAAAAAAUACAUGUUUGCCUUUGUGUAUGCUUAAUUGCUUGCUGUGUUGCGUCAUCUUCCAAUGAGAAACACAUUGUCAUUGCAGUAAUUUCUAGUCGGCACCUUAUUGUACUGUACAGUCAUUAUUACACUGUUAGCCUGUACAAAAUGACAUGUCUUUUAUGUUAAUGGGUAAUCUUGACUUUUUUACUUCAGAAGAAUAAUCGCCCUGUUUGCCCUGUAAACAUAAGCUAGCCAACCGUUUGCCCUGUAAUUCUUGACACCAUGGAAUCAAUAGUAAAGUCGUUGAAGCUUGGCCACCGAAUUUAAAAUGAAUACUGAUCUAAAAUCUGUUCCUCUUUGUUGCUUACUCACAUCCAGCCUCCUCCACACUCUGGAAUGAGGGAUAUGCUCUUGAGAAAAGCAGAGUUGUAGGGGAGAAAUGGCUUCCACGCAGUGGUCUGUUAAAGCGUAACUCUUGCCAAAAUGCAACCUAGGGUCUUUUUGUGAAUGUA